AUGGUUGUAGCCCUCGGUCCUGGUAAAUUCUAUGGCAGCAGCUUACCGAGGCCACGAUUCUACACCGAUGUGAAGCUCAACGACGAGCGAGUCGACCCACCAGUUCCCGUUCUCGAUCCGUUUUUGUCGUGGGCUGAAGAAGCUCACUGGUCGAUGGGCGGCCUGAGCUUCCAGCGCCACCGCCUCCAAGGCCGCAUUGAAGGCAACAUCAAAAGACUCCGAGCCCAACGCGAGAAGUUCCACAAGAAAAGAAUGCAAACAGCCACCACCACCACCGAUCAAAUCAAAGGUUCAGCCAGCAAAAGUGUGACCCCAUCGCCUCCUCCUGCUCCGAUUGCCGCCAAGCGGAGGCGAUUCAUGGCUUUGAUCGAUGAAGAUGAUGACGAAAACGAUAUGGGUAAUCGCGAAUCGGAGAGUGGAAAUGAAGAGAAAAUUGGUGGUGAACUGGGUGGUGGGGUUGGGGUUAGGCGGAGGUCGGCGAGGAAGCUUGGCGAUGAUUUUGAUCGGGUGGCGUCGGAGAGUGGUUUGGGGAAGAGCAAAGGAAGUCCCGUGAAGAGUUCGGGUGAUGGAUCCGACACGGUGGCGAAGCGGACUAGAAGUCGGAGGUCUGAGAAAGAGGAUGGUGAUGUGGUUGAGGAAGUCAAUGGAUCGAAUUCCAAAGGGAAGAAGCUGAAGCGUAAUGGAAAAGCUGAAACAGUUGGAGCAAAUGGAACUUCUACUCCUCCCAGUGGGACUAGGACUUCACCGAGAUUGGCAAGGCGUGGGUCGUCUUAG